AUGCCCGAGUCUACUAAUUCCUCCAAUAUAAAUAGGACGAAUAUUCAACUGGUAUCUUCCACUCUUUCUGGACUUUCAAAGAAUGAAUUGACAAAUCGUGAUAUUUUUGGUAGGACUAUUUUACAUAUUUUAAUACUAGCUAAUAGAUAUGAUCUGCUUAGAAACUUAUUGAAAAAUCCUGAUGUAAGACUGUUGGUUACCCUUACUGAUUAUGAGAAUGGCUGGAAUUGCUUGCAUUAUGUUAUUUUCCAUAAGAGAUUGUCUUGUUAUAAGGUGCUCAUAAACUACUUACAAAAUCUGAAAACAGGUUUAACAGGCAAUCUAAACAAUAGCCUCCUACUUGAAAUGCUUAGAUGUAAAGAUCGGAAUAAAGUUACUCCCCUUCAACUCUUGGAUAACGAUUUCAAGGAUUUGGUUUGGGUUCCGGAGUAUAUCGACGAAAAUAAUGAGUACCAUUUGAGUUAUAGAUUUCAAGGAGCCAAGGAUUCUGAUGGUGGCGACAAUGAAAACAAUGAAGAGAUUGAGAAAAUACUUACAAAUAAGAGGCCAUUUAUACGGCAGAAACAUAAUUGGUCUACUCCAGAAAGAGGCGGCUCGGAUAUAUAUAUGUUUGGCUCUAACAAAAAUAAUAAUUUAGGCGUUGGUGAUGCUACAGAUAGAGCUAUACCCUCAAAGAUUUCACACGAAUGCUUUAAAACAAAGGGAAUUGAGAGUCAAAAUAUACAGACCGGUCUAAUGAAACCAAGAUAUCGGAUGGUUAAAAUCUCUAAGAAUCAUUCUAUAGUAUUGACUUAUGACGGCAGUUUAUAUUCGUGUGGUAUUGGUUCACGAGGUCGACUUGGCCAUGGGUUUAAUGAUUUAAACAAUACUUUUCGUUUCAAGAAGAUAAAUUUUUAUGAGUUUAAUGAGGAUGAUGAAGAUAACGGACAGGAUCAUGCAGAGCAAGUUAUCAAAGAUGUAGCCAUUUCAAGUAAUCAUUCCAUUGCCUUAAAUAAUGAGAAUGAAAUUUAUUCUUGGGGCUUGAAUAAUUUCAACCAACUUGGCUACACAUCCUCAAUAGCUUCAAGCUCUAACUCCGUCUCGAAUAAGACCUUCCUUGAGCCUUUUGAAGGUCAGCCGAAAGAAAUAAUUUCCGGGGACUUGAAGAGAAACCAAAGUCCCAUUAAUGGUUUAGCUGUAUCUAAGAUUCAUUCCGUUGCAUAUACUAGGAAUGAAUUAUUUUUCUGGGGCUUAUGUAUUGGCCAAAUGGGAAUACCUAUAGAUUCAACAACAACGCCUAUAGAACAUAAGGUGAAUAAUACAAUUUACAAAGGAUUUAUUCAACGCAGCCCAAAGAGAGUCGCUUUGAGAGAUGACAUUAAGUAUGUACUGACAUCCGAAACUUGUACGUGUGUUAUAAGUUCGACUAAUGAUAUUCAUAUAUUUUAUCAAUAUCAGCAUUUCAAGUUGCCAAAAAUUCCUGUUAAGGGAUCCACGGAUAAACAUUUUGAUUUAUUUAAACCAACAAAGCUCACGCAAGCAAUUAAAAUAGAAAAGGUAUGUUUAAAGAGCCACCAGUUCAUUGCGCUUUUAUUAGAUAAUGGAGAUGUCAUGAGUUUCUCGUUAUCUCACUCUGAGAAUGAUGAUGGAUCGUCGAAAGGUUAUAAGAACUUGAAAUAUGCUUCUUUAUGGAAGUCAUAUGACCGAGACAUGAAGGUAAUAGACAUUGAUGUUUCUAAUGAUGGAUCAAUUAUUUUAUGUACUAGAAAUGGUUCUGCAUUUAUCAAAACGCAUUCUUCUCAGAGAAAGAAUUCAAUGAGUGAAGUAAGCUUGUCUGUUCCAGCUCUGAAAAAUAAGUUCAAAAAAAUUGAGAGUUUGAAUAAGGUAAUUAAGGUGUCUUGUGAUGAUAAUUUUUUAUCUUUCGGAUUUAUUAGAGAUGACAUUGAUUUAAUACCCUUUGAAUUACAAAGUAAUGACUUCUUAAAAGAUAUGGAGUACCUUAGUUGUCUAUCUGACAUAGAUUUUGCUAGGAAGCAGAAGCAGCUUUUAAACUCUGGCCAUAAGCAUAGUUCUUAUAUUUCAGACUACUUAUAUUCCCAGAGAACAAAGGCCAAUGUAAAUAAUUCAUAUCAUUCAAUUUUCCCUAGUCAUCAACAAGAAGAUGAAGAAGAGUUAGAUGAAAUGCAUACAAUGGAAGAUAAUGAAUACAGUAAAAAUUUGACAUACGAUAUACUAUACAAUAGGUACAUUAGCAGAUAUGAUUUCCAGAAGAAUAAAAGAAUCAAACUCAGGAACACUUAUCUGCAUACAUCUCGUGCUGAAGAUGAAAUCCUUAUGAAUUUGUUGAAAUCGGACAUCCUUUAUUUAUCAUAUAAAUUGGCGGGGAAUUCAGAGUCUAACAAAAGGUAUAAUUGCUCAAUAAAGUUUGCAAAAUUUCCUGAUAUAUCGAUUAAAAUUCACAAAGAAAUAUUCAUCAAGAGGUCACCAUUCUGCGCUAAAAUAUUUAAUCCAACAAAUGCAGGUGAGUAUUUCAUAGAAGGUGGAGUAGAAGGUAGAUACAGCCCAGAUGAGAAUGAGUUGGUUUUCACAAAUAAUAUAAAUAUUAAAUCGGUCUUGAUUAUCACCCAUUUUAUAUAUUCUAAUAGGGUAUUAAGUAUAUGGGAUGAUUUUCCAGGGGGGCUAAAUUGUCCGAGUGAUAUAAAGGAGAUAAGACAGGAUUUUGAUAAAUUAUCGAAACUUUUCUUAGUGACAGAUCUAUUAGGUAAACUUACUAAGGAUGAGGUAUACUUAAAAAAGGUUCAAGCUUUAAUUAACGAUAAACAGAACGGGGAUGUAAUUAUAAGACUUAAAGAUGGGGAUAUAACUUGCCACUCAUACAUCUUAAUUGCAAGUUCUGCAUUUUUUGAAACUGUUUUGUCAGAACGAUGGGAUAAUCAGGAAGACACUGAAGGUCUCAAAGUUCUAACUUUAGGCGACGUAUCCGUUUUUCAAUUUGAAUUAAUAUUGCGCCAUUUAUACGGCUAUAAUGAUUUAGAAUUGUUUGAUUGUUUGAACGAAAAAACUAGUGAUAAUCCGGAUAUUGACGAAUUUAUUAAUUGUUUAUUAGAGCUAAUUGAGAUUUCAGAUGAAUUACUACUAUUGCAAUUAAAAAACCUAUGCCAGCUAGGUAUUAAAGAUUUUAUAUCUUUGGAGAAUGUGUUGAUUCUCUUAAUGCAUGCUCAUUAUUUAGGUGCUACAAAGUUAUUCAUGAAUUGUUGUUGGUUUAUUUAUAAUAAUUUGGAUGCAAUUUUAUUUGAUCCAAGUUUUAGAGAAAUACCGGAUGACUUGCUUAAAGAGCUAGAAAGACAAGCCCAAUUUUUCCAAUAUUGCAAACUGAUCGACUUCGCUGAAAAUUGUGAAAAGGUGAGUGAGAAUUCACUUAAAAAUUGGAUGGAAUUGCAGUCAAAUUCGUUGAUAUUUGAUUUCUUGAAUAAUAUAAAAGAGCACAAUGAAGUGUUUAUAUCAGACAAAAGAGGGUUUGAAGGUUUUGAUCCAGUGAUUGAUAUUAAAUAUAAUCAGCGAAAACCGACCCAGGAAUCAUCUAAGAAGAAAAAGGACGGGAGAUCUCAUUCAGUCGCAUCAAGAAAAAAUUCUACUAUUUCGAACAUUCAAGCCAAUCUUGUAGAUUUUAGAAAAAUUGCUGCAACAAAAAAUAAUGAAAAUGAAGAAGCUCUAGAUGAUUCAGAAGAUGGAUUCGAGGUAGUAAAUAAGCGAAGACAGAAUUCAAAAUCUGAUAAUAUUCGACCAGCAUCUGUUUUAAAUUCUACUUCACCUACGCCGCCGCCAUCACAAUCCCCAAGUAGAAGUUCGUCAAUUGUUGAUGUACCAAAUAUUCAGCCUACAAGAAAAACAUCUUUGCCAGGCUCUGCUCCUACCAAACCUCUCAUGGUGACUAAGGAAACACAAUGUAAUCCUCGAUUGAGUCCUCAUUCCAACUGGGCUACUAAAUCUAACGCCGGAACAUUGAUUGACAAGCAACCUGUUCUAGGUAAGGGUCUCGAACUUCAGACUAAAGAGCAACAGAGCUUAUCGCUGAAGAAGAACAGCAAACUUAAGUUUGGACCAUCAGUUCGAUUAUCUCAAAAAGAAAGGAAGAAAAUGGCGUCUCAAAUCACUCCAGAUAAUAACAGUAAUGAAGAAGUAUCCAAAAUAUUAAACCCUUGGUCAAAAAAAGAUUCUAUCGGCGCGACUGCUAAUAAUUCAGAUGGUAUAGGCUUACCAACUCGAGGUAGUCUGAGUCGCUCCUCAAAGCAUGAGGAUAAUACGAAGAGAAAAAAUUCCCAAAUAAAGGGUAUUGUAAGGAACGGUGCCAAUAAUUCCAGUGGUACGGGGGAGUUGCGAAAAUCUGACCUACCAAAGUUGGGAAACGCUGAUAGUCAAGCAAAGCAGGGCACAAAUCAAAUAAAAUCAUCGGCAUAUUCUUCAAUGGCACUCAAUGUCAAUAAGCCCGUCAAUAAGGUAUAUUCUACACCUUCGUUGACUGAAAUAAUGAUUCACGAAUCUUUAAAAAUAGAGGAAGCCAAGAUUAAAGAAACUGAGAGAAAAACCUUGCAGGAAAUACAACAGGAGCAACAAUUUGCUAAAUGGUGGGAAGAAGAAGCACUUCGAAUUCAACGCCAAAUGUUGCAAAUGGAAAUAAAUGGACGGGUCGAAUCUGGCUCAUCUACAAAGCAUAAUAGUGGAACAAAUAAGACUAAAAAAAGUCGAAAUACUAAACCUAAGCGGUCGUCGACAAGCAAUAGUGACUCGGCGUAUACACCAAACAAUAAAACCCAAACUAAACAUAAAAAUGCCACUAAAGAGUGA